CAUCUCCCUCCCCUCUCUCUCCACCUCUCUCAUCAUUGUGAAGGUGGUGUAAGUGGCAGGGCUAGGAGGAGGACACACAGCAUUAUAGCACGGGCAUCCCCAGCAUCAUCACUCAGCAUCCCUUCACCUAAAAGGACAGAAUGGCAGAGGGCUCAGUAUCAGAAGCAGAGGUAGAGACGGCCUUCAAGAAGUUUGCCAUUCAUGGGGACACCAAGGCUACUGGGAAGGAGAUGAACGGCAAGAACUUUGCCAAACUCUGCAAGGACUGCCGGGUUAUCGACGGCAAGAACGUCACCGCCACCGACGUGGACAUCGUCUUCACUAAAGUCAAGGCGAAGACAGCUCGUGUGAUCACCUUUGAGCAAUUCAGCCAGGCCCUGUCAGAGUUGGCCCCGAAACGUUUCAAAGGGAAGGGCCAGGAGGAGACGCUGCAGCAGCUCUAUGGCCUCAUAGCAGGGAAGGAGCCCUCCAACGCGGGCGUCACCAAAGUGGCCAAGGCAGCGGCGGUGGACAGACUGACAGACACCACCAAAUUCACGGGGGCACACAAGGAGCGGUUUGACGAGACUGGCAAAGGGAAGGGCAAGGCUGGGCGAGAGGAGAUCCCAGAUGCCAGUGGCUAUGUGGGGGCCUACAAGGGCAAGGGCACCUAUGAGGAUAAGGUCAAGGAAGCAUAGGCAGGAUAGAGGAAACAGAGAGAGAGAGCUACUCAGACCCUACCAUUUACCCCAAAGACCCCCUAAAUACUGGACUUUCAAUUAGAACUGAGAACUGAACAGGUACAGGAGGAUGGACUGUUCAGUCACUGGAUGCCAGAGUAUCAGGGGAGGCCACCAUUGUCAAUAAUCAUUUCUUCUUAACGGACUUGCCUAGUUAAAUAAAGGUUACAUUUAAAAAUGAUAAAUAUAUCCUCAGGGUGGGGUUGGGGUGGUAGGAUGGAGAGGGCAGGUGUAACGCUUCCAGUGGGGAGUAAACCUGAAUAUGAAACAUUACCUGUAUUAGUUGAUAAAGAAUAAUGAUUUCGUAGGGAGAAAAUGUACUUAAAUAAUCUAUAUACUCCCCCUUCGUAAAUGCUCCAGCCCAACCCCUGACCCCAUCCCUCCCAGCUUUACUAAACACCUCAGUCAGCACACUUAUUACUACAGGAAGUAACUCAGCUCCCUACUACUACAGGAAGUAACUCAGCUCCCUACUACUACAGAAAGUAACUCAGCUCCCUACUACUACAGGAAGUAACUCAGCUCCCUACUACUACAGGAAGUAACUCAGCGUCCUACUACUACAGGAAGUAACUCAGCUUCCUACUACUACAGGAAGUAACUCAGCUUCCUACUACUAUACACAUUGUGCCUUAUCAUUGAGGUUGCUUCUAACACUAAUGCCCUGGUAUUAUGCACUUCUUUCACCCACAUCCUUCUCAACUGAUGUACACAGCUUCAUCUGCUCUGCUAUAAUAACUGUAUAUUGGAAAUGUAAAUGGAUGAAUUAAUAAAUACAUUAUUAGAUUAAGUAAUAGAUUAAUGAAUGGUGAAUACAUUCAAAUAUAUAUCAACUGUAUCUGGACAUUAUAGUCCUUUGCUUGUGCUGUAGAUUGGACACAUGGAAUAAGAGACAGAUGAGUCCUCUCCUCCUCUGAGAAGAUGAGAACACUGUCUGUUGGAGGACUGGGAGCCUCCUGACUGCACUGCAUUGUUGUUCUGUCCUUCCUGAUCACUGUCCAGUCUAGCUGUGUCUCCCUCUGUUCUGAAGAGCUGGAAAAUACUAUGUAAACGCUCAAAUAAAUCACUGAGCAGCAAAUCAAA